AUGACGGCGAAAAGCUGCGCUGAGUCAAUCACGCCUCAUCGACACGCGCACGCGCAGCGGAGAGAUUGGUGUAGGCCCCUCCUUCUCGCUGUCCUUCUCUUGAGCCUCUGGACAUGGAAACUUAGUGAUUAUCUCCACGCCCGCAAUGCAAUUCUCCAUCCACACCGGGCCCCGUUCCCGGUCUUCACCGACUGGGACGACGUCCCGACCAGCGAGGAACUGCGCUGGGUGCGAUGCAUCUUGCCCGGCAUGGCUCCCGCCGGCCGCGGCUACAUGUGCGCCCGCCUGACCGUGCCGAUGGAUUACCAACGACCUCUGAAUAAGUCCUCUGAUAACCCCAAGGUCCACAUCGCCAUGGUCCUCCUUCCCGCCCUCGGCCACGGCUUGGAAACUGGCCGCUUCUCCGAGUCUCCGCUUCUCGUGAACCCCGGCGGACCAGGUGGGUCCGGAACCGCUUUCGUGCUCCCGCCGUACGGCCCCAACAUCCAGUUGGCCGCUGGAGGCACACUCGAUCUGAUAGGCUUCGAUCCCCGGGGCGUCGGGGCCACGACGCCCCGCGCCGACUGCUUCGUCGAUACCGAGCCGGGCCAUGAGUCCUCAACCAGGGCGAAGAACCUCGGCUACUUGCAUCGGUUGACCUGGCUGGCGAUGGGUCACGAUGUCGGCCUGCUCAACACCACCGCCGCCGCUGAGGACCAGCUUAUCCACAGGAACAAGGCGGCGUCCAAGUUGUGUUCCCUCAAGGACGGGGAAGCGGGCGGGUUCAGAUACAUGGCGACACCGAAUGUGGCGGCCGACAUGAAGGCCAUCAUCGAAGCCCACGACGCGUGGCUCAAGGAUAACGGAUUCGACACAAUUCCGCUCAGCGCCGGUACGCUUACAAAAAGCGAAACGGCCCCUCCUUCUACCAGAGGCAAGCUCGUGUAUUGGGGCUUCAGCUACGGCACAUUCCUUGGCCAGACUUUUGCGGCCAUGUAUCCUCAAUUGGUGGGACGCUUUAUUCUUGACGGUGUCGUUGAAUCCGGUGCGUACGAUGCCCCUACGUGGAUCUCGGCCAUCCAAGAUGCAGACGCGGUGCUUGACAAGUUCUUCUACUUCUGCCAUCUUGCCAAAACCGGCUGCGCUCUCUUCCGCGAUGGCGAUGACGGUCCAGCCCCCGUCAAGGAACGAUAUGAACAGGCCAUGGCCAAGCUGCGGGACGAACCGAUAACCGCCGUCUCUACCUUGGGGCACAUGCCCGUCGUGCUGAUGGAAGCCGACAUCAAGAGAGUGCUCUUCGCCUCUCUGUACUCUCCCGUCAAGGCUUUCCCUCUUAUGGCCAAGUUUUUAAACCGAUUGUUCGUCGGAGACGACAUCUCCGACUGGUUGAUUGUGCCGGACUUCGGCUUCAUUCGCGAUCCCAACUUCAAGCUGCCGCUAUACCCCGAAGAGAGCGUGUGGGCCGUCUUAUGCAGCGACAGUCGGUACCGUGUAAGUGGUGACUAUCACGCGUUCAAAAAUGCAACACUGACAAGUAACCUGUCCUGCAGCUUCACGACCAUCAUGAUGACCUGCGAAGGCUGGGAAAUCGAAGCCAAGUUCCCCAGCCCCGACUGGGACGCAAAUCUACAGAGCCCGGACCCGGUCAACACCUCCUUUCCGAUCCUCUUCGCAGGCAACACCCACGAUCCCGUCACACCUCUCUCUUCGGCAGUCAAAAUGUCACGGAACUUUGCCAACGCCGCCGUCUUCGAGCUCGAGGCUGAGGGCCACUGCACCCUUGCUGCGGUCUCGCUCUGUGCCAUUACGAAGAUCCGUGACUACUUACAAAAAGGCAUCGUCCCAACACGGUUGACUGUCGCCGCCGACGGCACUCUUUCGGGUUGGGAAAAGUGCAAGGCUGAUGAGAGGCCUUGGAAACCCUUUCUGGGCGGACCCGGCGAGCUGGAGGGUGGCAUGCGGGCGGAGGACCUACAUGCCUUGCAGGGAUUGAGAGACGUGCAUGACAAGGUCGUCGGCAGCUUGACACCGCCUCUGAAGCUGCGUCUUGAUUGA